UCAUUUUUAUCUCUCAAAGAACUUGCACUCGCCCCGUUUUCAUUGGUCGUCAAUAUCACAUGGGUCAAGAUGGCUGCCCCCAGUCGUGGUGGUGGCCAGAAUGAUGGUUGGAAUGAUCCGCCUAUGUUCCAGUACAAAGCAGCCAGUUCAGCUUCCCCUGCUGCUCGGACCCACCUCAACAAACGCGUCAGUUUCCCUUUGUUCUCAAACCCAGCCCCUUCCAGUCCACAUGCUGAAGGUUCCAGUGGAACAGGGGUGCUUCUCAGCCCAAAGGACGGCCCCCCUCGGCUGCCCCCUGUCCAGAUCCUGCCUCCCACAACCUCCACAUCUGUGCACCCCCCAGUGCCUGUUCUGGUGCCCUGCAUGAGUCCUCCGAUCGACCCCAGUGCCCUGCCUCCUUCAUUCGCGUCCGCAGGUCGCGACCCCCAGUUGUCUGAAACGUUGCCAGAGUUGCUGCAGCGGUUAGAGUUGGACUCGGCUGACUCCCUGAGGAAAUAUACAAAGAAAGUCCUGCAUGAAACACUUGAUGCCCUUCAGGAUACCAUUCAGGGUAGAUCUCGGGAAGACGUGCAGACUCGCCUGGGCCUGUUAGAUGAUCAAUGGAGGGAUGGGAAACUGUCUGAGCCAGCCAAGGUCAAGCUGGGCUGUCUCGCCACAGCUGUGAAAAAGGAAGAUUUGAAGAAAGCAGACAGCUUACACCUGGCCCUCAUGGUGGAUCACAUUACUGAGGUGAGUCAGUGGAUGGUGGGGGUCAAGAGAAUCAUCAACGACCUCAAGCUAUCCCGAGCCCGACGGCCACCCGUAGCCGUUCCACAGCCGGGGGCCACCGAGGCAGUGGGUACGGCAGACGCAAAAGAGGGUUCAGAAGCUGGGUCUGCCGAUGUGUGCCUUAACACGGAAAAGUUCUCCGGCCUGGAGCCCGUUCUCAUGCCCGAGAUGUUAGUGCCGGAAAGUCAGGGGUCUUCAACGUUCGAACUGCAGCAGGGAACCUCAGCAGAGCCCUCUACCGGGGAGAGUUGAUACACAUGUCUUUGUUCUUUUUAACCCGCAUGCAUGUUUCCAAAGUCUGUUUAUUCUAAGGUGAGUCAUGUCUGCUAUUUUUCAACCAACUGUGACACAGUGACAGUGAUGAACCGUAAAAUAUUACACUUCGACACAUAAAUGCUAUUGUGUAAUAGAAUUAAUUGCAGGUGAAAAAAAAAUUAUUUAUAUCACAGAAUGCCAGAGUGUCAGAUAUGAUUCAAUUUAAUUGAAUUAAAUUUUUUUCUUUUAAAAGAAAUUAGUUUUUUGGUUUUUUUAAAAUCGUGAAUCCGUGUCACCUGGCAAUGCAAGCUGAGUGACUCACCUUAGAAAAAGCAGGAUGUUUGUUGUUGUCGGCCACUCCGUCCGGGGUGUGUUCUGCUGGUCACGACACCAAGAGCUGUCUUUGCUUUGAAGCUGUCUGUCUGUGUGUGGCACACUGUCCCAGUGCUUGAGGUCACUUGUGUUUCUGUCUUUUCGUGCUUGUUUGGGAUUUUGGGUGAAGCACAGCGCUUAACACAUGUUAACCGCUGAGGCGGUUCUAAGAGAGAAGUAGGUCAAGAAAUGACUUUUAGGCUUAGGUUGGUGGGUGCUCUGGUGUGGUUUGCUUCUUCUUUCCUAUCAAACAUCUAUCGUCUUUAUCACCCCUCCUU